AUGGAAGUUAAUAAAUUGUUAAAAACGGUUAAUAAUGUGGACGAUUAUAUAUCUGCUACUCAAAAUAUGUUAAAUGAACACUCAAAUUCCAAAAUACAAUUUAAUAUGUCGACUGUCUUGGCAUUAAAGAAAGUCCGUUCAAUUGAAAUAGAAUAUUUUACGAAAUAUGGUGAAAAUGGAGCAGCGGUUAAGAUUCUGGAUUUAUUACUGCGGUCGCCCCCGUCUAAAACUUGGGCUCUGCUAGGAAAGGAAUUAAUUUUACUAUUCCAAUACUGGCUAGAUGCCUUAAGAAAACAUCUUAUAGUCCAUAAUAGUAAUUGGUGGAGUUUUUUAAGCGUUUUAUUAAAAUUUAUACAGGAAAUCCGCUUGAAAAAUGCUAUCUUAACUAAUAUUUUAAUACAAGAAACAGCAGAGUGCUUAUUAGAUUUAGCAACUCAAAGUGAACCAGAUGUAAACCAAAGAUACAAAAUAUUGCAAUGUUUAAAUAGUUUUUGUGCCGAAUCAAGCAGAGAGAUAAGAUUUGCUUUAAAGGAUAAUUUUGAAGAUUACUUCAUUAAAUUAGGAACACUAGUGACCUCAUGUGGUGAUCUUCGAACUCAAUAUAGUAUAAUGGAAACUCUAUUGCGAUGGUUAUUACCCCGCCAAGAUCUUGCAGUCCGAAAGGAAGCAUCAGCCAAGUGGUUUCCUAGUAAUCUUUAUAAAAGCCAAGCUGUAGAUGUGUUCUUGAGACGACCCUGGCAGAACUUCUUUAAAGACGCUAGAGAUUUUUUGAAUGCGCAAAAUGAAGCAAGUGACCUAGUGACGUCUAUAAUUUGUAGAAAAUUUUCAAUAGGCAACGUCAUAUUAAUAUCGGGUAAUGAUAGAAAAGAAUACUAUAUCGACCUAAAUUGUGGCAGCAAAUGCGUGUCUCUAAUGUUGGAGCCCAGGAUGCUGGAAAUUUUGAAUAGCCCCGUGUCUAUCUGUGAAGCUUUGACAAUCGACGAGGAUAAUACUAAUAGUGUACAACUGUACAGGAAAUCCCCAGAGACGUUAAUAUCUCUAGUGGUAAUGGAUCCUCUGAGAAUGUACGCCUCGAAUGUUCUACGAGACAACUGUGACGUCACAGUCGCCAUCAGUUCCAGAAGUAACAUGAGGAAAUUGGACAGAGCUUUGAGAAAUAUAUUCCAUACUAAAUAUCAGUUGUUAAUGGAUAUUGAAGAGGAUAUAGAAAUAUCGCCGAGAAAGCGAGAACUGCAAAGAAAUGAUAACACAUCUGAAGAUGAUACUCGAUUCUCCCAUCCCAUUGAAAUACAACGUCGGCAACAUUCAGGAUACAUCGUAAGAGCUAGAAACCCAGUGUCAUGGCAGUCACCCUCCACAGCAUCCACUUCAUCACUUGCUAUGUUAAGAGAAAAACUGACAGCCUUCCCGGGUUACAGGUUCGAUAAAGAACCGGUGAGUGUGUGCGCUCAGCCUCAACUGUCAAGUGUCACUGAAGUCACUGAAACCGAUGGACAAAGUUUAAAUACAUCACAAAGCACACUGAAACUGCAACAACGAUCCCACGGAGUUUGCCACAAGAAAAAAGCUAAUAUAGAUAAAAUAAGAGCCCAAAAUGACAAUGAAGGUCUAAAUAACGAGAAAAAUAAAAGGAAAUUUCUUUCUCCCAUUUUAAAUGAUAGUGAAAAUUCUGUUAGUUGUCUCUUAGUGGCCACGAUUGGUUCGGCAAAUGAUUCUGUUAUAAACGAUACGUUAGAAAGGUUGCCGAAAGAGAAAGAUAUACAUACAGAUAAUAUAGUGGAUAUGUUAGCGCAGGAAGCUUUGCAGUCUCAUAAUAAAAAGAGUGAAGUCAGUGAAGCCAGUGAUAUAAUUGAAAAUAAAGCGGUCGAAAAUGCUCUUACGAAUAAGGUUAAAACAAAUGUGUUACAGAAGAAACAAACAAUUAUAAGUAAUUCUACAACAGACGAGUCUAAUACCGAAGUGUUUGAAGACACUCCCAAUUUUAUUAAUUUGCGAAGAAAGCGUGCGGAUAAAGUUGAUAAGCGAAUAGAUGAAAUUAAUAUAGAAAAGCAAACCUUUAAUAUACAAGCUGUUGAAGAUUUUUUCUCCCAACAUUUUUCUGAAAAUAGAAAUGGCGAUUUGGUAAUAAGUCCAACGCUCGCGAAGAAAAUUAAUGAAACAAGUUCAGAAUCAAGUGAACCAUUCGAUUUUGAUCCGAUUAUAAAUAUCGAUACGGAAUUCAACUUCAGUGAAGUGGAAAUUGUCGAGUGUUUAAAUGAUAUAGUUGAAAAAGUUUGUCAGGAUUUCGAUAAGUGUACUGAAUACCUAAAUAAAGAUUUAAAUAACUUUGGAGAAGAUAUAACGAAAGUUGAUCUUGAUAUGCCAUUAAAUGAAGUCACUGACGGUAAAAAUAAAGUAAAAAAAUCUAAUAAUAAUAAAAAAAACGUUAAGGGAAAAGAUAAAAGCAAACCAGCUAAAGGAAUUAAUCUAAACUUCAAAAAGACUAAAGUUAGAGGCAAAAAUAAAUUAAAUAUCGAAACUUUAAAACAAAUGUCGCCUAUAAUAGAAAGAGAUAGUGUUAUCGAAGAUGUGGGUGUAAAAGAGAUAAGUCCAGAAACUUCGUUGAUAAAAAGAAAAAGAAAGUUAUAUUCGCCCAAAGACGAUCACAAAGUGAAUGAAGAAGUUGGAGUUCAUAUUUCUGAGACCGAGGAAGAUACUAUGCCAUCUGCGUUUAAAGUUUACGACAAAACGCCAAAGUCUUUAGCGACGUCAUAUAAAGAAAUAGAUAGCAUCCGUCGAGAUUCAAUACGGAAAUUAAGAAACAAAAAGCCGUUGAGAGAUAUCUCUGUUUCACCGAGAACUAAAAAAAUGAACGAUCUAUUCGAUGAUCUAAAGAAAACUAAAGAUAAUGAGGAGAAAAUUAUUCUAGCAGAUAAAAAGAUUCGUAAUAAAAAGCUGGCUGAGUACAAUUUUUCAAGCGAUAGCGAUGAAGAAGAAUUCAAAACUAGAACAGUGACUAAAAAAUCUAGUACGGCCACUAUUGAAAGUGAAAAAUCGAAAAGAAACCAACCUUCCCGACGCGGUAGGAGCACUAAUAAAAUAAAGAAUUCUGAUUCUAUACUUGAUAAAACUGAAGAACCUUUAAAGAAAAAUACUAAGUCUAAAAACGUUACACAAAAAUCAAAGACACCUAAACGAAUACAACCUAUGAGAUCAAAAAAAAAUAUAAUAGAUCAGCGAAUGAGAGACCCAGCACCGGAAGUGUUGAAUACUUCAAUGGUUAUCGAAAUUCCAAAUAUCGAUAUAACAGAACCAGAACCAAAUAUAAAUAAACCGGAAAUGGAAAUCAUAAAUGAUAUACCGGAAAAAGAUAAGAAUAAAACAAAGAAAAAAAAUAAAGUAGACUUAUCGCUGAAGAAAAGAAAUGAAACUAAUAUAACUAUAGAUUUAGAUAGCGAUAGAGAAACAUCGAGUCCUUUGCCCGGACUAAUAGUAGAAAAAGCACAGGUCCAUAGAGAAGCAGAUGAUUCUAUAACAGUUAUUACGCUCGAAAACUUAAAAAAUAUAAGCCAAAAAAUCGAAAUAAACGAUUUAAACACAACACAAAAUCUUCUAACAGAUCUAGACCAAAAUAACAAUAGCCCGCCAAAAUUAAAUGUUACCGACGAAUUUAAUAAAACUAAUCAUUCCAAAAUUGAAACGCCCAAAAAAGUGAAAACAGAAAAAAGUAUACUCAAAAAGCAAAAUAGAGCACAAAUUAGAACUAUAUCCGAUUACAAAUCGAAGAUUGAUACGUCAGUUAUUGAAUCUAAUUCGGGCAUUUCAAUAGACACUACAGGAAAAUCACCCAUCACUGCUCACGGCUACGUCGACCAAUCUCCGCCUAAUUCUAAAGAGCUGAAUAGAACAGUUGAACCCAGAAAUCUAGAAAUACAAGACCUAAAUCAGUCUAUGAAAGAUUAUUACGAAAAACUAACUAAUGAAAUAAAUGAUAGUUGUGACCAUUCGAAAAAGAAUUCCGAUAUGCGAAAUAUUUCUGUUGAUUCUUCCAAUUCAAUGAAAAUUGUUGAAAAAGAGAAUUUAGCUACAAACAGAGCAGAAAAUGUGCAUAUUUUUGCGAAGUCCCCAUCUGUGUCUAUUGAAAGACUUUCUCCAAAAGAAAUUAAUAGAUGGUUACCACCGCGAUUAAAUUCUGUAUUUGGCUCAAACCAAAGCUCGGAGAGCGAAAUAUCCGUACGAAAAACAAGGAGUUAUUCAAAAAAUAGUUAUAAAAGUAAAAAAUCCUCGACAAAUCGGCAAGGAUCUCCGCAAAUGCAAACAUCUUUAAUAUCACCCAUAAAAAUGUAUGGGGAAGUGGGAAAAGUUAAAUCAGUUUCGUCACAUGGUGAUGAUUUCGUUGAUCGCAUUAAGAGUUUGAUGACUCGAAAAAUUUUGAAACCUCAAAAUUCAAAAUCUAACCACUAUAGUUCUAAGAAAGCAGGCUCAAGUUCUGAAAAAAGUUGUAAUGAAACUCCAAAAGAAACUAUUAAAAGAAAGUCGUCACCAAUACUAAGUGUGACGAAGAUGAAGAAAGUCGAUAGCAAAAGUAGCAUCGGAAAUAUUACGGUCUUUGAAUCAGACACCAGUUCGAGUAUCCACGAAUGGUUUAAGAGAAAUGAUCAGGACAAACAGCUUGAAAGUCUAGAUCACUCUCUAAGGGAUCACUUGGAACAGGUUAUGGAAAAAUUGGACACCACUUUGGUUGAAAUUCACCAUAUGACAAGUAAAAAAUUUGUGAGUAUGUUCGUUGAUGCGCAAAAACACUUAAACGAAUUGAAAGAGAACAGACGUCGCAUGUACCAGGAGACGGCUAAAGAAAUUAUAUCGGACAUGGUGAAAAUAAUGGACAGAAAGUUUAUGGAGUUGGAUAAAAGAUCUCAAGAACUAGAUGAGCAGUUCAUAAAUAUUAUCAAAGAAAAGGCUCGUCACCUCAUCCAUGAAGACUGUAAGCAGAAGCGAGUCAUGGUCACGUUACUAAGGGAAGAUAUACAAGCUGUUGUAGAUCACAUACAAAAUAAAACAGAG